AUGACUUCACCGGCAACGCGCGCCCUUGCUGCGAGGCCCAUGGUCUUGGGUCUGGCCAGACUGAUCGUCCUCACCUUUUCUCAACUUCCCCUCGCUGCCGGCGCCCCGGCUCUCUCAACCUACCUUCUCGCCUCCUCUGAAUCCGAUCCUCCGAAAGAACCAACCGAUCCGAGCUUAUGGCUGUACCUCGGUUUCUCCGCUGCCCUCGUUCUCAGUGGCGGGGCAUUUGCGGGCCUGACAAUCGCUCUGAUGGGGCAGGAUGAAGUCUACCUGCAAGUGAUCCAAACAUCCGGCGAGGAAUCCGAAAAGAAAAAUGCCGCCAGCGUUUUAAACCUCUUGAAAAGGGGCAAACACUGGGUGCUCGUGACCCUACUGCUCAGCAAUGUCAUCACAAAUGAAACAUUGCCCAUCGUCCUCGACAGAACCCUCGGAGGUGGAUGGCCGGCGGUUCUAGGCAGUACGGCACUGAUCGUCAUCUUCGGCGAAGUCGUUCCUCAGUCAAUCUGCGUCCGUUAUGGCCUCCCGAUCGGAGCUUGGAUGGCUCCAUGUGUUCUGAUUCUUAUGUACAUCAUGUCCCCGGUCGCCUGGCCGGUCGCAAAACUACUCGACAGGCUUCUUGGCGAGGAUCAUGGCACCAUUUACAAAAAGGCCGGUCUCAAGACUCUCGUCACUCUACACAGAACGCUCGGUGAAGCUGGAGAACAAUUGAACUCCGACGAAGUCACCAUCAUCAGCGCGGUUCUCGACCUCAAAGAAAAGUCCGUCGGCACCAUCAUGACCCCAAUGGAAGACGUCUUUACCAUGUCUGCCGAUACUGUCCUGGACGAACGAACCAUGGACCUCAUCCUAUCACAAGGAUACUCUCGCAUUCCAAUCCAUGCUCCCGAUAACCCCAUGAACUUCGUCGGUAUGCUCUUGGUGAAAAUGCUCAUCACCUACGACCCAGAAGACGCCAAGCGAGUUCGCGAGUUUGCUUUGGCCACCCUUCCCGAGACAAGACCAGAAACAAGCUGUCUCGAUAUUGUCAACUUCUUCCAAGAAGGAAAAUCACAUAUGGUCCUCGUUUCCUCAUACCCCAGCGAAGACCGUGGCGCACUUGGUGUUGUCACUCUUGAAGAUGUGAUCGAAGAGCUUAUUGGAGAGUAUGUCAUGCCCGUUCUUCCCGUUUCUAGUGUUCCAAGCACACUAACAUUGAAUACAGAGAAAUCAUCGACGAAUCUGAUGUAUUUAUCGAUGUUCACAAGGCCAUUCGUCGGAUGGUCCCUGCCCCUAAAUCUCGUGUCCCCAAGGGCCAAAUUGUCGAGGAACCCCCCCAUGGCGACCCCUCUUGCAGAAGGCGAACUUAUUGAUAUGGAUGGCACGUCUUCCUCCGCCUCCAAGCCUGACAUCCCACGCCGGCGCGGCUCUGUCGAGCCCCCUCCACCCCGAUUCCAACUUCGUCGCCCCAAUGGUGACAGCAGCAACAAGCAGUCUGAUCUAUGGUUUACCCAGAGGGGUGCGACGGAUGAAAUCCGGGAACACCUUAAGCACCUUGGGCCUUCUAAUUUGGCGAGCCGUCCGCGACAAACUCGAUACCAUAACGUCAAAAUCAAGCGCAGCGGCGAGUCUCCUUCUCGUUCCGCACAAACAGACCUUGCAUCCGGACAUAGCCUGAAUGAGUCCCAUCUCCAACUGAACUCAACGGCUUAUCAAGGUGGCGUCGGGGCCGGCCUCGUGAGCUCAGGCGUCGAUGCCAAAGACGGCGCGCAUGCUUUGAAACUUGGUUACGGUACAAUGUCUCCCGAAGAAAGUGUCACAAAAUCCACGAAACCUGUCCGUGAAGAGCGCGAGGAUCAACCUCGCUCUGCCUCAACGCGCCAAAACAGCAGUGGCACUGGUAGCGCCCGGUCCAUCGAAUCUCACACAGAAUUUAUCUAUCAUCACCGCGGACCAACUCGAAGCGGUAGCAUUACUGAACAGAUCGUGGAUGUCAACGGUAUCCGCAAAGUCGUUCUACACACAAACGGAUCAGGCUCCUCCUCCGACGGCCAAACCUCCCCACAUGAUACUCGUGACUCAUCACCAAAUCGCAAAUAUGCCACUGCUGAUUCUCAGGGUGCUCAACAUCCACACUCCAAAAAGCGGCGCCGUCGAAAGCAUGGAAAAUCCAAAUCCAAGAAGGACGGCUCUUCUGAAGACCAACCCCUUCUGCAAUAA